GUAGGUCAUCUCUGUGCGCGGAACACGUGCAAUGGAGUCGAUGACGUAGAAGUACGUAGCCAAUUUGCUCACGGGUAGUUUUGUAAUUCAGUAUUUUGAAGAAAUAUGAAGUCGUUUUUCUGAGUUGGUGGGUAUAUUGAGACUGGAUAUCUUCUGGUUGUGUGAAUGAGCCGCGAGAGAGAUUCAUCGGACACGUGUUUAAUCUGAAGACGACUGCACGUGCGACAGUAACGAAGAGGUUUGUUCACUGUCAUCUAUCACUUCAGUUAUGGCGGUUGUUCGUGAACAAAAGGAGUUUUCAAUGGACAAUGAAGUCAUCAGCGCCAGUGAAGAUGAGGAAGGUAGCGAUGAUGAAAGAAAACACAGCAAGCUUCUUCAAGCAAUCAGUUCUCUGGGUGGAAAAAGAAGAAAAAACCAGACUGAACGUUCUGAAGCGAGUCUGCAGGUCUCCGAGUUCUUGGUCAAUGCAGAAGGUGCUGGAGACAAAAUUGCACUUUCUGACCUGCUGGGAACCGUGGAGAAGACUCCAGGAGCCUCCAAAAAGACUAAAAAACAGCUGAGGAACCUGCAAAACAGAAAUGAGACUUUGCAGCUUCCCCUUAACAAAGAGCAAACAGAGAAGAUUCAGAGAGGGAUAGCAUAUGAGAAGAGCACUCAAGAAGUGUCACGCUGGCAAGGCAUCAUAGUGGAAAACCAAAAAGCAGAGCAAUUGGUGUUUCCUCUGAACCAGGAGAGCUCGCGGCCCAAACCGGUGGAGCAGAUUGUGGCUGGAUGGAAGGCUGAAACCCCUCUUGAACAAGAGAUUUUUAAACUCUUGAACAACAACAGUCAGCCGAUUCAUGAUCCUGUCCUGACUCCCAUUGAAGAGGCUUCACUGAAGGCCAUGAGUCUGGAGGAGGCUAACAUGCGUCGCGCUGAGCUGCAGAAAGCAAGAGCGCUGCAGUCGUACUACGAGGCUAAAGCCAAAAGAGAGAAGAGAAUCAAGAGUAAAAAGUAUCACAAGAUUCAAAAGAAAGCCAAACGGAAAGAGUUUGUCAAGCAGUUUGAGGAGAUGAUGAAGACUGAUCCUACAGGAGCUCUGGAGGAGCUGAAGAAGAUGGAGAUGUCCAGGAUGGAAGAAAGGAUGUCUCUAAAACAUCAAAACAGUGGCAAGUGGGCCAAAUCCAAAGCUAUCAUGGCCAAAUAUGACGAUUCGGCUCGUAAAGCAAUGCAGGAGCAGUUACAGGUGAAUAAGGACCUGACUCAGAAGAUGGUGACGAUUUCUGAUGACGAGCACGAAACUCAGGAAGAAGAAUCAGAAGCCGUUCCUGAUUUUGUGAAUGACGUCGAGCCGAUCGUUGACGCUGUCAAUCCCUGGAUGAGAAACAGAAUUCCACGUGAAGAACCUGAGGUGAUCUGUGUCACAACAGAGCAACCUCAAACAGUAGAGGAGGAGGAGGAGGAGAAGAAUGAGGAAGAGGAGCUACUCGCUGACUUUCAGAGGAAGAGGGCGUUGAGGCAGGCAGAUGAAGAUGAUGACUUGGUUCCUGUACCACCACCAGCAGAAGAAGAAGAGGUAGAUAACACGGGUGAGGUGGCGAGAGAGGAGGUGGUUGGAGAAGACGUGGUGAAUAUUUCUGACAGCGACGAUGAUGCUGAUGAUGAUGAAGAGGACGUUUCUCAAUUCAACACCCUUUUCAGACUCAUGAGCAGUGAGAAGGCUCGUGAGGCUCCAGCUCAGACACAAGAAGGACAGGAAGAUGAAGAACAACUUCUGGAUGAAGGACAUGUUCGUGUCAGGACCAUGGAAGAUCUGGAGGCUUUGGGGGAGGCUGAGGAACCUCAGCCCAGUGCAUCUGCAAACACAUCAACGCCACAAACAGCAACUUCUGAACCACCUGCAAAAAAGAGCAAAGAAAUCGACCUCAAUGCAGUUCUCACCAAAGAAGCCAAAGCCAUCAAAGUGCCCCUAAUGCCAGCUGUGGUUGAGGACGAUGAAGAGCGUGACGAGCAGAUCUCCAUCAUCAAGGAGGCUUUUGCUGGAGAUGAUGUCAUUUCAGAUUUCCUCAAAGACAAGCGAAAACAGGAAGAGGCGGGAAGACCCAAAGUGGUGGACUUGACGUUGCCCGGCUGGGGGGAAUGGGGUGGUGUUGGUCUCGUUCCCUCCCGAAAGAAACGCAAAAGAUUUAGGAUAAAAAUGGCUCCACCGCCCCCCAGACAGGACAAGAAACUGCCUGAUGUCAUCAUGUCAGAGAAAAGAAGCUCAUCCGUUGCUGCACAUCAGGUCUGCCAGCUGCCGUUCCCCUUUCAGAACCCGAAACAGUUUGAGUCCUGCAUCCGAACUCCUGUCGGUCAGACGUGGAACACGCAGAGCACCGUGAGGAAGAUGACCACACCUAAAGUCGUCACUACAAUGGGUGCCAUUAUCGAGCCUUUGGUCAGGGAGGACUAUAUUAAAGAUAAAAGCAGCAUACCGGCCAGUAAAGCUCCAGCCAUUUUCCUGGAAGAUAAGAGUAAAGGAAAAGACGGCAAACGGAUGUCAAAAGACAAACAUAAAGGAAAAGAAUCAAAGAAGAGACGAAAAAACUAAGCAUGAUUGUGAUGUCUGUCAUACAUUAAUGACUUUCGUAGAAUACUUUACAAUGAAGUUGUAUUUGUUAACAUUAACUUCAUGCAUAAACUAAUCUGAACUAACAAUGAACAAAUCAAAAUAAAAUUUGUAAUUGUUAACGUUUAAGGCAUAAUAAACUAUAUUGCUCAUUGUUAAUUCAUAUUUGCUAAUGCAUCUACUAAUGUUAACAAAUGCAACCUUAUUGUAAAGUGUUACUGGAAAUUGUUUCAAGAAGACACUUUUGUAGUAAAGUUAAAAGGUGUUUAAUGCAAUUUUUUUCGCACAUUUCACGCAACUGCAGCCCAUUAAAAUUUCUGUAAAAUG